AUGUCACAAGAGCAGCGCAGGGAGGGAUUCAACACGUUAGGGCCGAAAGAGAUCCGUCUGGUGGAGAUUCUGCCUGGAAGGUUCGACAAUCCUCUCAUUGCCAUCAUUCGAGUCGUGGACUUUCAAAACGAGCCACAAUAUGAAGCUUUAUCCUACGUUUGGAAUCCCACCGACGGCACUGUGGAAAAUGGGACAGAACAUAAUCUUACAUUUUCAAUCGAAUCCACUUCAAACAUCACGGCACAUAUGCGAAUUGGCGCCAAUCUUGACGCAGCGAUGCGCCAUCUUCGAUAUGAAAACACUAGUCGUACCAUGUGGAUCGAUGCUGUUUCUAUUCACCAAGAGGACACCCGAGAAAAGAACCAUCAAGUUGGAUUUAUGGGCACGAUCUUCUCGUCGGCGGAGCGUGUCAUCAUCUGGCUAGGGCCUGCAAGAAAAGACAGUGAUUUUGUUAUGGAAACUAUCUCCACAGGCGAUCUUGAAAAGCAUGAUGUCUCAAGGUUCAUCGGUUCUCUCGAGGACAUAAUAGAAAGAGAUUGGUUCACAAGAAUCUGGGUGGCCCAGGAGCUCGCACUCGCACGUUUAGAUCCACUUGUCUACUGCGGCCUGCGCCGGAUAAACUGGUUGGCAUUUACGUUUACUGUCCAGCUCACACAGCCCCAAGAGUUAGACGAAUGGGUGGACGGCUUCAAAUUACCCCAGCCUCUAUAUCUCGCUAGUCUGAUCGACAAGGACAGAACAAGAAACAUAGGGUUCCUUAAGGCAAUACGAGUGCAUUGGCUAGCCCAGAUACGACAAUACAGUCGUGAACGCUCACUUGCCCACAUAUUAUUAUCCACAAUCUUUCUCAGAUCGACAGAUCCUCGAGAUCGAGUGUUUGGUCUGCUGGGAAUU